AUAUUUAGUAUGCAAAUAACUAAUUAUAUAAGAAAAUAUACAGUUUUAUUUAUCAAGAUAAUCAAGAUGGUGAAACAAUGAUAAAAAUCCUUCUGAUAUUUUCUACUUGGCUGUGUUAUAGUGAAUGUUCUGUUCCUGGUAUUGCAGCUAUACCAAAAUCAAUUAAAGGCAAUUCUGUGUUAUCUCUAACAUACACUGACCAAAAAACCUUAGUAAAUAAAAAACUUGAAUGUUCUAUUUCUGAAAAAGGUGAGGUAAACAUUAUUCAAAAUGAUUUAAGUUAUAAUUCUAAGAAAUCUUUUUUGAUCCCCUUAAACUCAACUCUAAUUAUUCAUUUAAAAUCUGAGAAAGACUUUGAUGAUAAAAACUGUUAUGGUAUGUGGACAAUUUCUAACAGCGAUAAUAAAAAACAAUGUUGGUCUGAUUUAUGUAACUUAAAUACCUUUUUAUCUCUAAAUAAUCCUUGUAAUCGCAAAAGUAAAUGGAUGAUGAAUUACAUAGGAGACUAUAAAAUUGAAAUUCAUUUAAUGCAGAGUGAUGCUAAAUUGAAAAUUGAUAUUUCAAUAACUGUUGUUAAUCAUAUUUAUUCACCAAAUUUAAAUAUGGUUAUGAGGGAUUCAUUUUAUGGUUUUAAUGUAGAACUAAGACCAUAUUCAUCUUGUGAACUAUGGGUUUAUGAUGUUAAUUCCACAAUAGAGUUUUAUAUAUAUGCAAAUAAUCAAAUUGUUGACGCAUCAUUUACCAUUAACAAGCAGUCAAUAAUUGCAAUAAAUACUUCUAUAGUUCCUUUUAACUACAGCUUUUCUAAAGAAGGUUUUUAUGAGCUUGAAAUUACAGUUACUACUGCAUUUAAUACUUUCAUUUGGCCUAAGACUGUUUCAAUUGUUCAAGUUAUUUAUAAUAUUUCUAUAAAUGGUAUUCUUGGUGCAAAAUAUGUAGUAAGUGGUAUCCCGAUUACAUUUACUUUGGUUGUUUUAGAUAAGUGUUUAGCCAUGCCAAAGAGUUUAACUUGGAUUUUAAAUAACAAAUAUUAUAUGGUUCGCAAUGUUGACAGUCUAAAAUCAAUAAUUCUAGAAAAAGUUGGCAUAAAAAGUAAGCUGCUUGUAUUAACAAUAUCCGAGUUACCAAGUUUUAGUUAUGAAAUAAAUGUACUAGAUGUUAUUACAAACUUUACAGUUAAAACAGAUAAAGAUUUGGCAUGUGUAAAUGAUAAUAUUACUUUUAUAUUUAAUGUGGAUUCUGGAUCAGAUGUUAUUUAUACCUACAGAAAAUUACCAGACUUUGAAAUAAAUAAAGUUAUAAUGAAUUUUUCAAUGUUGUUUGACCAUAUAUCAACAAUAAGCUAUGAGUUUAAUGCAACAAAUAUUGUAUCAUCAUUCAGCCUAACUAAGACUCUAACAAUAUUAAGUAGUAUUGUCACUGUUCAAUUUCCAGAUUUUCGUUCCAUAAGUACAGGCAAGUUUUAUAUUCAAAUUAAAAGUUUAUCUUCAUGUUAUUUAAAUGUUUACUAUAAGUGGGUUAUUCAAAUUGCCUCAAAUGUUUUAAUUGAAACAUCUUGGUCAAUGUUUGAUGCUAAGGUUGGAGCAGGUUUAAAUUUCACUUUUAAUGAUGAAGGCUACUACACCAUUAUUUUUACUGUAAUGUAUGGAAACAAUAAUUUCUCAAUAUCAAACACCACAUCAUUUAUAAAUGUUUUAAAUAGAAUAAGUUUUAACAUGCCUAAAGUUAUAAAUGCAAAUGUAGACAACAAGAUUUUAGUUAGCCCUAUCGACUGGCAGGGAUCAAAAGUGUUUCAGUUUAGAUGGUGGCUAAAUGGAGAAAAAGGUGAUUGGGGCAUGGAAAAUAAAGGGCGUGCUCCAAUUAAUGAAAUGACUUUUAGGUUUGAGGGGAGAAAUAAUAUUACAUUAGAAGUAAAAAAUGAUGUUUCAAACAUCUCAAUAAGUUCAACUGUUAUUGUACAAUAUUCAGCUGAAAAUACUUCUGUUCAACUUCCUCAGUUUGUUGUAGUUAAUGAUAACUUUAAUAUAAAAUUGAAAUUUAAAUACAUUUCAAUGUUUUUAUACUUUAUAAACAUUAAAAUAUCUGAAGCUGAUGACACCUUUAAUAUAACAAACCUACAAACAUAUAACUAUGUAGGAAAAUGUUUUUUUGAAGGUUUUUUUUUAAUCAACAUUAGUAUUUCUGACAAUGUUAAUACAUUUAAUAAGCAGGAAAGUCUUAAUGUACUUAGAAAAAUACAAGUUUUGAAUAUUACUGGCAAUCAAUCUUCUUUAAUAAUUGAAAGUAUCUUAAACUUAGAAGUUUUUGUCAAUGUCGUGGCUCAAUCUUAUGAAUGGUACUAUGAUGGAAGUAUUUUUAAUUACACAAAAAAAGCAACUAUUUUAUUUCUUAGCCUUGGAAGUCAUGAAAUAAAAGUAGUUGUGCGUAACCAAGUUACUAAUGACAGUGCAGUGUUUAAUGUAGUUGUUUAUCCUAAUAUUUCUUUUCUUGAAAUAAUUACUCCAAAUAUUAUGGCGACUGAGUUACUGUAUUUUGCCAAUAGCUCAAUUAUUUGUCCUUUACUUUCAUAUUCUUGGACAAUUAAUUUUACACAAAUUGGAAACUUAUCGACUCAGAAUCUAAAAUUUACUGAAUCUGGAUUUUACACUAUUGAGCUAAACGUAUCAUCUCCACUUCAAACUCAGUAUUCUGUGAAGGUAAUUGAAGUUAUUAAACUAUGUGAAGAUCCACCUUUAAUAACAUAUUUAAAACUGCCACUUUUUCAAAAUCAAACUCUUUUUGUUGCUUACAAUUCUUCAAUUGAUUUAGUUAUUAAAAAUGUUAAUAGAAUUGCUUAUUAUUUAUGGAAAGUUAUCCCACAAGAUGAAGUGCAGAUAAAUAAAAUUAAUGAUCGUGCUAGAAUAAACUUUAAUGUUAACUCAGUUGAUAAAUUGUAUGACAUAGUUUUAGAAACCAAAAUUUAUUCUGGUUAUACUCUUUAUAAAGCAGUUAAAUAUACAUAUCCAAUAUCUGUUCUUAAACCAAUAAAAAAUAUAACUAUUGAUCUUGAUAAAAUUAUUGUUUUUAAUAAAACUUAUAUAUUUUAUAUAUUUUGGCAAGGUUCUCAAAGUUUUAUUAAAAAUAAUUUAACAAUCGAAGGAGAAGCAGAAUUAAAUGUUUUAAACUACUCUGAAAAUUCAAUAAAAGGAUCUUUGCUAUCAUUGAAAGAAAAUCAAAUAAUAAAUAUGACAUUGGAAGUAUGCAAUAAAUUAAAUUGUAUAAAUUCUUCAGGAAGUGCUUUUCAAUUUACAUCAAUAGAUUAUAUAGAUGAAGUUGAACCUUUUCCAUCUCAAAGAUACUUAUCUUCUCAUUCAAAUGUGACUUUUGAAGUUUUUACUAAAGCACCAAAUUCAACUUAUGAAUGGCAUAUUAAAAAUUGUUCAAACUUUAGCUGGUAUAUUGGAAAUUCUUCAAAAGUUGUAAUAGAAUCAUUGGAAGAUUUUGCUCCAGGAAAUUACACUGUUGAAGUUAUUGUUUCUGGACCAUAUAUAAGACAUGGUAUUAUUAAAAAAACUUUUGUUAUCACAAUUUUUUUUGAAGAUUGCAAAUCACCUAAUGUUCAAGAAUUUUCAAAAGCUCGCCUACAGCUUCGAUCUCUGUGGUUUUACAGUGAAGUAAAUGCAACUGCUGAUUGUAAUAUCACUUUUCAAUGGGAAUUUGAAGUGGCAAAUUUUAACACUGAUUGUUCACAAAGAGUUCAAAGGGUUAAAUUUACACCUUCUGGAAUAUCAGGCUCUGUAAUUAAUACAAAUAGCGCAACUCUUCAAGUACCACCAAGGGGUUUUUUAAUUGGAUACUAUUGUGUAAUCAGCAAAAUAAAGUUUGGAAAUAACGGAAUUUUAGAAGUUGCUUUUUUUUUAGAAGUUGUAGCCUCAACUCUUUUACCUAAAAUCUCAGGAGGUUCCUUCCAGGUUAUUGGAAAUCUUCAAAGCUUUGCACUUUCUGUAAGCAACACCAUAGAUCCAGAUAUUUCUUACCCAAACAAACCUGCCUUGUUGUAUAAAUGGUCAAAUAUUAUUUGUGAGGAUGAAUCAAAGACUUAUAAUAUCACUGAUUGGAACAAGUUUAAUUCUGUUAUUCAUAUUAAACCAUAUUGUUUGACUCCUUUCCAGUAUUAUACAUUUACAGUUGCUGUGAAACGAGAAUACAAUAAUAAUGAGCAACCUGUAUUUGCAUCACAGCAGAUAUAUGUCAUUAAUGGUACUGUUCCACUUGCAAGUGUAGAGUGUAUUACCUGUAAUACUUAUAAAUCACAUAGUUAUUUCAAGUAUAAAAAACUAAAGUUAUUUGCAACUUGCACAAACUGUGGAACUAUUGUACCAAUAUACAAAUGGGAAGUUGUGGGUGUUAAUGAUAAUAAGUCAAUCAAUCUUGAUAGUCACUCUGUACUUACACCUUUAAAUGCACCUGUUUUUAUUUUAAAUUCUGGAGUUUUAGAUGGUCUUCAAUCAUACAAAAUUAUAAUCAAUAUUUCUUUAGAAGGUAUGGAUGCAGUUGGUUUUUCAUCGUUCUUUAUAGAAAGUAAUUCUGGUCCUCAAGAUGGAUCUUGUACUAUCACACCUGGUAGUGGAAUUGCUUUUGUUACUAAGUUUAUUGUACAUUGCCUUAACUGGCAAGACAAAGACAAUGCAAACCAACCAUUUUUAUAUGAAGUAAUUGCUGAAAUUGGAACAGUUGCUACAACAAUGUAUCGUGGGAUAAACUAUAAUUUUGCUAUGGCUUUUCCCUCAGGAGAUAUACAUGAAAAUUGGAGAAUGGGUAUUGUUAUUCAAGUAGAAGACUCUUUAGGUUCAAUAACUAAAGGAUUUGUUGGAUCUAUCCAAGUUGUUCCACAAAAUACAUCAGAUUGCAUUAAAUUUUUCAAUGAAUGGUUGAUACCUUAUUUUGAAAGUACAGUGCAUUACAAAGAUAUUAAUAAAAUGUCUUCUUCUAUUAUUGCUUCUAUGCUGCUACUUAAUAAAACUAUGACAAACAGUGCACAAGUGUCUGGUAUUUUAAAUAAGCUGAUACAUGGUGCAACAUCACUUGCAGUAGACUCCAUGAAUGCUCUCUACCAAGUUUCUAAUGCACUUGACCUAGUAAUUAUGGCAGGUGACAAGUUUGGUUUAGACCGAAGUACUCGUAGUAUUGUUACAUUGUCGAUAUCCAGUUUUCUUAACCUUGCUGAUUUAUUUUCAAAUGAAGGAUUUAGUUUAGAUGAAACAUCUUAUUUGCCAAUUUUUAGAGUAAUAUCUAGUAAUACUAAAAUAGACUUUGAUGAUAAUGAUAAACGAAAGCGUCGUUCAGUGGAAAAUCUAAAUUUGAACUUAUUGAAUCACCUCUAUGAAAUAAUUUUAUCCACCACUUUGCCAGGAGAACUUGGAAAGGGAUUAGAAAGCAAUUACAUUUUUACCAGUUUAAGACGAAACACAGGGUCUCUUUUGAAUGGAGAUGUUCAAGUGGGGAUGUGUUCUGUUUUUUCAAAUAUUUCUCAAAUUUCAAAUUAUUCUGAUCUUUCUCAAAUAUUAGAGUGUUCUCCAUUCAAUCCUUUUAAAUUUGAAAAAGGAUCUAAAUCAGUACUCACAUUUUCUUAUAAAAAUGCAAGCUUUACAGAAUUACCUAUCAGCAAUCUUAGUGAAAAAGAACAAAUUUUAUUAAAUAUUCCUGCAGAAUUAGAUACUUCAGUUUCAAAUUCAAGUUUUAUUAUUAAACCGAGUAGCGUGUACAUCUCUAAGCUGCCAUUGUUUGAGAACAUUUCCUAUUUUAAUGAAAGUGCAGUCAAUGUGUUGUUUGACAUAGUGGAGUAUAGUGGCAAAGGAAAAGUCUAUGUUUAUUUGUCAGAAAAUGUAAAUUUGACAGAAUCUAAUAAACCAAUAGUGUUAACUUUUGGUUCAGAGGAUGAUAUCAAAGCAAGAAGUAUAUUUUUACCGGGAAGUAAUUACUCUUUGAGUUCGGUUUAUUAUUUGGGAAUCGAGCAUGACUUUUCCAACAAUAUUUCCUUGAAUGUAUAUGUUUAUACAAGCCACUGUCUGUAUUGGAACACAAUGCAAUACAUUUGGGAUAGUACAGGAUGCAUUCCAACACAAGAUUCAACACCAAGCAAUAUUGUUUGCAAGUGUAAUCAUCUUACUUCGUUUACAGGUUCAUUUCAACUGCAACCAAAUCCAUUGAACUUCUCAUUACUAAAGAAAUUAGACAUCCAAACGAAUCCUGUAGCAUUUGUUACAUGUCUUUGUGUUGUCUUACUUUAUAUGAUUGGUUUAUUUAUUGCUUACCGAUGCGAUAAGCGUGAGCAGAAAGGAGAACAUAUCAUUCCGUUUAUUGGUGGCGAUGAUGGGUUUUAUCAGUAUGAAAUUCGGUUUAAAACUGGACCAUACCCAUUUGCAGGUUCAACUGCUAAAAUUGGAAUACAAAUUUUUGGAACAAGUUGCACCACCAAAGUGCGUGUUAUAAAUUCAAACAAUCAUUUUCUAAGAAAUGGGUUGGAUAUUUUUAGAAUUUCAUUACAUAAAAGUGUUGGUAAAAUUCACAAAAUUCAUCUUUGGCACGAUAACAGUGGAUUAAGUCCAUCUUGGUAUAUUGAACGUGUAGUUAUAAGAAGUCUUUUUAAUGGAGAAAAAUUCUUUUUUUUCUGUAAUCGUUGGCUAGGUGUAGAUUUUGAAGAUGGAACCUUAGAAGCUGAUUUUUAUGUGGCUAACAUGAUAGAGAUGCAGAAGUUCUCCACAAUAUUCUUUGAUGUUCUUCUAAGAAUGUUUAAUGAUUUUCAUCUUUGGUUAUCUAUAUUUGAAAGACCUAAAUUUAGCAGAUUUUCACGUGUUCAACGCCUUACCUGUUUGGUCACAUUAAUAUUGAGUUGGAUGGCAGUAAAUGCCAUGUGGUUUCAGGUUGCACCUGAUGGAAAAAUUGAUCUUUAUAUUGGAUUUCAGGGAUAUUCUUUAGAAGAAGUUGCUAUUUCUUUUAUUACUGUUGCUAUGGUUUUUCCUAUUAAUCUUCUUUUUGUAUUGCUGUUUAAGAAAAGUAGACAAAGAAAUGUGCCAAAAAAAAAGUUAAAAGUUUGGCAUCAACAAAAUCGAACUACGAUGGAUAUUGUUGAACUAGAUGCAAAGCCUUUUCUUUCUGGUGAUAAAGAAAUUUUUGAUGUAGAUGUUGUUGAUUCAUUAGUUCGAAGAAAAAAAAAGUUUAAGAAUGUUCAUACUAUUUUGGAAAGAGAAAACAGAUUUAAUAACUUAGAUAUAAUGUUAAAAGAAGAAAGCCAACAAAAUAACAAUGCAGCCAUUUCAAAUGAAUCUAGUGGUUCAGAUAUUGAAAACGUUUUAUUAUUACCUCAUUCCUUUAAUGCCAGUAAAAAAAAGGUUUAUAGAGGAAGUUUUGGUAAACUAAAUGCUUUUUAUAAAAAUUUGAAAGACAGUCAAAAUGAAAAGGCUUAUGAACUGACGCGAACUCAAUCUCUUUAUACUAUAAAGAAAAAUUUAAACACUAAUGAUUUAGAAGAAAGUUUAAUGAAGUUGCGAUUUUCUGAAACCCAACUAAACAACCGAUCUGAAGGAAUAAUUAGAAAGCAGAUAUCUUCUAUGUUUGAUCAACUUAUUGAAGAAAAUCAUGAGGAUGUUAAGUCUGAUCACUCAAGUGGUAUUUUUUACCCAGACAAUGAUACAAGUACACUUAUUAAAAAAAAUGAAAUUUUGGCAGAGAAGCUCAGUAUUCCAGAAAUUCAUGAAUAUGAUUCUUGUACACGUUGGACUCUACCUCAUUUGUUUGUUUAUGUGGGUUACCUAUGUUGCUUUUCUAUUAGUUUAUUUUCAAUAUUAGUUACAAUUGUCUAUGGACAAUAUUUUGGAUAUGAUCUGGCAUUAAAAUGGCUAAAAAUGCUUAUCUUUGGAAUUAUUGGAGAUUUUUUUCUUGUUUUUCCAUUUGUGUUGAUUUUAUUGACAGUAGUUGUUGCAAUCAUCAAACCGUUGGAUCUUGAUCAAAUUGAUCAUUAUGAUUUUGUAGAAUGUAAUGAUUUAUCUGAAAAAAAUGUCGGAACAAACACUGUAUCACCCUUAACUGGAUAUUCAUUAGAAAUUGCUCAACGCUUUGGUUUAAAAGACAAAAAAAUUCGUCAGUUGGCUAAAUUAUUUUUAUCUCAAGCAAUUCUUAUGUGGACAGUAAUGAGUGUUUGUUGGUUAAUACUUCCAGAUUCUUCAUCUUACGCAACAUCAAAGUUUUUCCAAAACACCUGGAAUUCACCAACUAGUAUAGAAACUGUUAACAGCAUGCACAGUUAUUGGUCAUGGUUUGAAAACUCUUGGAUCCCUUUUCUCUACAUGCAACCAAACAAAACUUGGUUGAUAGCUUCUCAUCCAUUAGUUAUAAUAAAUGGGUGUUUUAUUGGAGGAUGUUUUAAUCCAAUAUAUGCAGUACUUGGAAAUACAACAAAAUGUCAUAUGGUUUCUAACCUUACUACUUUUAUUAACAAAGAAAAUGUAACAAGUUUUGCCCAAGUAAGUCACCAAUGGAAAAUGGAUUUGACUAAUUCAUCAUCAAUAACAAAGUUUAUUAGUUUAUUAAAAUCUUUAAAGUGGUACGAUACACUUGAAACUUCUGUAAAACUUGAAGUCAUUUUUGCUAAUUCAAGAUCAUCAGAUUGCGUUUAUGUUAGUCUUAAAUACUUCAUGUCUCCUGGUUACGAUAAAGUUGGAUUUGAUAUUAUUUACUAUCGCUCUAAUUUCUUUGAUAAGACCUCAGAUUAUUUUAUAAUAUUUUGUUUAGUUUUGUUGUUUAUAGUCAUGCUAAUAAUUUUUUCAAAGAAAGCUAAAAAAAGUUAUCAUAUUGGAUGGAAAGUGUUGAAAGGUUUCUGGAAAUUGCACUCUGCUUUGAUGAUUUUUUUCAUAAAUAUGGCUAUAACUGUUGUAGUUAUGCAUAUUGUAUAUGUUUUGUAUCAUCGAAAUAAAAGAGAUAGUGGAAUAGUCUCUUGUAGUUUGAACAGCUACACGUCUGCUAUUUUAAACAAUACUGUUAUUUAUGUAAUUGGUUUCCUUGGAUUUCUUGUUAUUAUUCGGAACAUUCGUUUAUUUCAACUCUUUAGUAGUUAUCUUUAUUGCUCUCAGUCACUUUCUUCAGCUGCUAAAGAACUGGUUUAUUUUUCUUUAAUCCACGCUCUUGUAUCUUUAAUUUUUACUGGAGUAGCAAUGCUGCUGUUUGAUUGCAGUCAGUUCGCAACUUUUCCAAAAGCUUAUUUCUAUGUUUUGUUUAUGCGAUGGUGGAAACCUGGUUAUAAAGUAAUCACUGAUUCUUCAUAUGGUUUGGGAAAUGCAUGGUUUUUUUUGUGGAGUUUUUAUUGGUUAGCAUAUGCAUUGCACAUGUUUAAAUCUAUAUUAAAUAACAGUUCUUAUUGUGCUAACAGAAAAAAAUCAGAAAAUUUAGAUUUGCUGAAUCACAUGUGGAAAAAAUUUAACAAAUCAGUUAAGACUAAUCGACGUGUCGGUUUCAUUGAAAUGAAAGACCUUAACGAAGGUAACGCCAUUGAAGUGCAAACAAUCGAAGCAGCCCAAAAACCUUUACCACCUUUACCAUAUAAUACAUUCGAUCUCGACUCAAAAUUUAGCUUUUUACUGACAGGACUUGAUAAAAUGAUCAAUAACGAUGCCUUAGACGAAGAAAUGAUCAAAAAUUAUGAGAAGAAAAUAAAACAACGCAAAAAAUUAUAUCGUUUGUCCUAUACUUUAAUUUAGUUUAUUAGCCAUUUUGAAUUUCAUUUCUUCACAGGCUCUGCCCUACUUACUGCCCUACUUACAAAAUAGACAGUGAAAAGGUGAAAAAAAAUGACUUCGGACCGAAAUUUACUUUAUUAACAUAUAUUCUCUCAUACUUCAAAGCAAAAAGACCGUAUUUGUUUUCUUUCUUACCUAAAAACAUGCUAACAAAUUAACUAAUAAUUUUAGUACAUAGCAAAAAGACUAUAUGCGCCUAAAUAUAAUAAUUAAAUAAAAAAUUUUAAAAAUCAUUAUAACCUCAGAAAAGCUCUUUUUUGAAGUCAAUUGAUGAUAUUAAAAAUUUUUUUGAAGUCAAUUGAUGAUAUUAAAAGUUUCUGAAUGGAAAUUUUGCAGUUACUGUCUAUCUUAUAAGUAGGGCAGAACUGCUCUUUUUGACGUUUGCGUUGCAUUUACUUCGAACCAGGUUAAUAGUGAUUUUUGACCUAACUUAAGAAAAGUGGUUUUAAAAUAUUUUUAAAAACAACCAUUUAUUAAUGGUCUAAACAUUUAGAUUUUAUAAAGUUUGUUUAAUUUUGGCAAAAUUAAACAAACUUCAUAAAAUUUAGUAGAUAAAUGUUUUAUCACACAUGUCGAUGAAACAUUAACGAAAAGCAUUUUUUUGGUAAUAACUUUCUUGUAUAAAUUUUUAUCAUGUUUUUAAAAUGUAUUUUACAAAUUUUUUGUUAUUAUUAAUUUUUUUUAAGUAUUUAUUUGGUAUUAUUAAUUUUUUUAAGUAUUUAUAACAAAAAUUCUAAAUUGCUGUGUGUUUGUAUUAAAUAUUUAUUUUUUGGUGACGAGUUUAUUUAUAAUGACGAAUUUUUUUCAUUUUGUAUUUAUUUCCUUUUUUUGACAAGGUGUUCAAAGUAAUGAUGUAUAAAGAUUUCAAUAGUAUUCAUAAUUUAUUUGUUA